UGGCAACAUUUGCGUGUUGGCUUUUAUUUUGACGCGCACGGUGAAUUGUACGGAACUAGGAUAUGCACUUAGCUGCAUGAUUCAGAAAGUUGUCCUUGUGGAGAGUGCAUAAAGCUGUUAUUUUAUUUUGUCUGGACUGACUUUACGUGCACUUUGUAGAUUAGCUACAAUGUUGCAACGAGGAAUCCGCGUUCUUACACGCGUUCACUUGAGCUCAGGGCGUUUUACCAGCAUAGUUCUACCACUAUCUGCUCAGUUGCAAAGGCGGCUGUACAGCGGUGGAGAUGAGGUUCGCCUGGCGGAGGAAGCUGCGAAGAAAGCCAAAAGCUAUGGGCCAACCAUCUUCUCAAAAGUCAUAGCAAAACAGAUUCCAGCUGAUAUAAUUUACGAGGAUGAAAAGUCUUUGGCCUUUCGAGACAUCAGUCCACAAGCUCCUGUGCAUUUCUUGGUGAUCCCCAAAAAACACAUUCCCAGGAUCAGUGAAGCCGAAGACGCUGAUUCCAUGAUUCUAGGCCACCUUUUAGUGGUGGCGAAAAAUGUUGCGCAAAAAGAAGGGCUGCAUGAAGGCUACAGAUUGGUGAUCAACGACGGAAAGCAUGGUGCCCAGUCUGUGUAUCACCUUCAUGUUCACGUGCUUGGAGGAAGGCAGCUGACUUGGCCCCCUGGAUAACAACGAGCGACUCUUUACACUUGCACCGGAACGUACAACACAGAUUUUAUACUGAUGUUGGAAGAUGGCUAAUUUACUUUGAUGUGAAUCAGUACAUUUACUAAGCCCAUUUUGAGGAAUAUCAAGUUGAUGUUGUUGAUAUGAUUGCUGCUCAUUAAAGUGAUUAAAAUGAAUAUAUUUUUAAUGUAA